UCCACAUAUAGGCAUGCACGCCUAAGCAGCUACCACCGGAGGCCGUCCGGUGGCAAUGGAAGCCCGGUCCAGCAAGAAGAAGAAGAAGAUGACAACGACGACGACGACGAUGACUUCUCGGUCGUCGUCGCCGCCGCCGCAGGAGGAGACGACGACGAUGAGCGAGGAAGAGGAGGAGCAGAUGGAGAGGUUCUACGCUCUCGUGGCCAACGUCCGCGCCAUGAGGGCCAUGUUCAAGGGGGCCGAGGCAGCGCCGCCCAGCUGCGACGACGCCGGCGACGCCAGCGCCAGCUGCGGCGGCGGGGGGAAGAAGCGGCCGAGGGCGGCGCCGUGGCGGCCGGCGUUCGAGAUGGCGGACUUCGAGUGCGACGCCGCGACCACCACCACCACCACCGAGGCGGCCACGAAGAAGGGAAAGAUCAGAUGCGCGGCGGACGCCGGCGGAGCGGACGACGGAGGCGAGGUGGUUGUGGAGGCGAAACCGGUCGCCGUCGCUGGGGCCGGGAAGUCGCCGAGGCCCGACAAGAAUUGACCGGGGGCCGGCCUGACAGUGACAGAUGAUGUGUUCGCCAGAAGAGAUGAAUUGUGCACCACUCAAAAUCGUGACAUCCUCCUGAUGACUUCCAUUUCACAGCUUCAGAUUUUACGCCCAACUAACUAAUGCCGCUGAAUUCUCUAAGAGGAAGUGGUAAAUACAACUGCCUCUUUUAUCUUUAAGCAAUUUAUGGUUGUUGACUAUGUAUGUACAAAAGAUACUAAAACUUGCAUAUAAAAUUUAGUAUCUAAGAUACUAAGAGCUACCGAAUUUUACAUAAAAAAGUAGUAUAUCUUAUGGUACUUUCUUUAACACCCAUAAAGUGUUCUUUAUCUUAAG